AUGGGGGGCGUGGGUCGGGACAUUCAUGGGGGCGUGGGUCGGGACAUUCAUGGGGGCGUGGGUCGGGACAUUCAUGGGGGCGUGGGUCGUGGCAUUCAUGGGGGCGUGGGUUGUGGCAUUCAUGGGGGGCGUGGGUCGUGGCAUUCAUGGGGGGCGUGGGUUGUGGCAUUCAUGGGGGCGUGGGUCGUGGCAUUCAUGGGGGGCGUGGGUCGGGGCAUUCAUGGGGGCGUGGGUCGGGACAUUCAUGGGGGCGUGGGUCGGGACAUUCAUGGGGGACGUGGGUCGUGUGCAUUCAUGGGGGCGUGGGUUGUGGCAUUCAUGGGGGGCGUGGGGUCGUGUGGCAUUCAUGGGGGGGCGUGGGUUGUGGCAUUCAUGGGGGGGGGGGCGUGGGUCGGGGGGACAUUCAUGGGGGGGCGUGGGUCGGGACAUUCACGGGGGCGUGGGUCGGACAUUCAUGGGGGCGUGGGUCGGGACAUUCAUGGGGACGUGGGUCGUGGCAUUCAUGGGGGCGUGGGUGUGGCAUUCAUAGGGGGGCGUGGGUCGUGGCAUUCAUGGGGGGGCGUGGGUUGUGGCAUUCAUGGGGGCGUGGGUCGGGACAUUCAUGGGGGACGUGGGUCGGGGACAUUCAUGGGGGCGUGGGGUCGGGACAUUCAUGGGGGGCGUGGGUCGGGACAUUCAUGGGGGGGGGCGUGGGUCGGGACAUUCAUGGGGGCGUGGGUCGGGACAUUCAUGGGGGGGGCGUGGGUCGGGACAUUCAUGGGGGGCGUGGGUCGGGACAUUCAUGGGGGGCGUGGGUCGGGACAUUCAUGGGGGGCGUGGGUCGGGACAUUCAUGGGGGGCGUAGGUCGGGACAUUCAUGGGGGGUGUGUGUCGGGACAUUCAUGGGGGGCGUGGGUCGGGACAUUCAUGGGGGGCGUGGGUCGGGACAUUCAUGGGGGGCGUGGGUCGGGACAUUCAUGGGGGGGCGUGGGUCGGACAUUCAUGGGGGGCGUGGGUCGGGACAUUCAUGGGGGGCGUGUGUCGGGACAUUCAUGGGGGUGUGGGUCGGGACAUUCAUGGGGGGCGUGGGUCGGGACAUUCAUGGGGGCGUGGGUCGGGACAUUUAUGGGGGGCGUGGGUCGGGACAUUCAUGGGGGCGCGGGUUGUGCUAAAUGCAGUAUUGGGUUUAGCUUCACCGCAGGAUGA